GAGAGAGAGAGAGAGAGAGAGAGAGAGAGAGAGAGAGACCAUGGCCAGGCUAAGGGAUGGUGGUGUGGUUCUACAACUGAAUAAACCCUACUUUACAUGGCGAGUGUUGUGGGUGAUGAAAGCUCUACUCGACCUUACAGCAUCGCAGGAAAUUUACGCACCGCAUUCCAUAAGAAUGGAGGGACACCUGACCCUCGGUGGCCUCUUCCCGGUGCAUGCCCGGGGGAUCCCGGGGGAGCGGUGUGGGGACAUCAAGAAAGAGAACGGGAUCCAUCGUCUCGAAGCAAUGAUGUACGCCUUGGACCAAAUCAACAGUGAUGACGAGCUUUUGCCCAAUAUCACCCUAGGUGCCCGGGUGCUCGAUACAUGUUCGAGGGACACCUAUGCUCUGGAGCAGUCCCUGACUUUUGUGCAGGCACUCAUACAAAAAGACACUACAGACGUGAGGUGUAUGAAUGGUGAACCACCAGUGUUCGUCAAGCCAGAGAAAGUUGUUGGAGUGAUAGGAGCUUCAGCAAGUUCUGUAUCGAUCAUGGUGGCGAACAUAUUACGUCUGUUUCAGAUUCCUCAGAUCAGCUAUGCCUCCACGGCCCCGGAGCUGAGCGAUGACCGGCGGUACGACUUCUUCUCCCGCGUGGUGCCUCCGGACUCGUUCCAGGCCCAAGCCAUGGUGGACAUAGUCAAGGCCAUGGGCUGGACCUACGUAUCUACCGUGGCGUCAGAAGGAUCCUACGGAGAGAAGGGAGUGAAUGCCUUCCAACAGCUGUCCAGAGAAUCAGGUGGGAUCUGCAUCGCUCAGUCCUUAAAGAUCCCUCACAAUCACAAGCAGGAGAACUUCAACAAGAUCAUCAGGUUGCUUCUGGACACUCGUUACGCCCGGGCAGUCGUCCUCUUCGCCUCAGAUGAGGACAUAAGGGGUAUCCUGAACGCCAGUAAGAGGGCGGACCAGGUGGGUCAUUUCCUGUGGGUCGGCUCAGACAGCUGGGGAGCCAAGAACAGCCCUAUCCACCAGCUAGAGGAGGCAGCAGUGGGAGCUGUCACUAUCCUGCCCAAAAGAGCAACCAUCGCCGGGUUUGAUGCCUACUUCACGUCCCGGACGCUGGAGAACAACAGGAGAAAUGUGUGGUUUGCAGAAUACUGGGAGGAGAACUUCAACUGUAAACUGAUGAGCUCCUCUAAGAAGGAAGACACCAGCAGGAAAUGCACAGGCCAGGAGCGGAUUGGGACGGACUCUAAGUAUGAGCAGGAGGGGAAGGUUCAGUUUGUGAUCGAUGCGGUGUACGCCAUUGCCCACGCCCUUCACAACAUGCAGAGAGACCUGUGUCCCGACGUCACUGGGAUCUGUCCCGAUAUGGACCUGGCCGGGGGCAAGAAACUGCUCAAGUACAUCCGCAGUGUCACCUUCAAUGGAAGUGCGGGGACGUCAGUGACGUUCAACAGGAACGGUGAUGCUCCGGGACGUUACGACCUGUUCCAGUACCAGAUGAACAACAACAGCUCCCCGGGAUACAAGAACAUUGGACAAUGGACAGAGACACUACAGCUCAACAUCGAGGAUAUGCAGUGGCCUAAUGGACAGACAGAGAUCCCCAGCUCUGUGUGCAGUCUGCCCUGCAGGACAGGAGAGAGGAAGAAGACAGUGAAAGGCAUGCCGUGUUGCUGGCACUGUGAACCCUGUGAUGGUUACCAGUACCAGUAUGAUGAAACAUCCUGCAAGCUGUGCUCCUACAGCAUGAGGCCCGACCCAAACAGGACGGCAUGUCAGCCCAUCCCCAUUGUGAAGCUGGAGUGGCACUCCCCUUGGGCAGUGAUCCCCGUCUUCCUCGCCAUGCUGGGCAUCAUCGCCACCAUCUUCGUCAUGGCAACCUUCGUCCGCUACAACGACACGCCAAUCGUCCGUGCGUCGGGCCGUGAGCUGAGCUACGUCCUCCUCACCGGGAUCUUCCUCUGUUACGUCAUCACCUUCCUCAUGAUCGCCAAGCCCGACGUCGCCGUCUGCUCGUUCCGCCGGAUUUUCCUGGGUCUGGGCAUGUGCAUCAGCUACGCCGCGUUACUCACCAAGACCAACCGGAUCUACCGGAUCUUUAAAGACGGUAAGAAGUCGGUGACGGCACCCAGGCUGAUCAGCCCGACCUCCCAGCUGGCCAUCACCUCUUCCCUAAUUUCCGCUCAGCUCCUGGGCGUGUUCGUCUGGUUCGGUGUGGAUCCCCCCAACGCCGUCGUCGACUACGACGAACAGAAGACCAUCAACUCAGAACAGGCUAGAGGAGUGUUGAAAUGUGACAUCACGGACCUGCAGAUGAUAUGCUCGCUGGGUUAUAGCAUCCUGCUCAUGGUCACGUGUACGGUGUACGCCAUCAAGACGCGGGGUGUCCCGGAGAACUUCAAUGAGGCUAAACCCAUUGGGUUCACCAUGUAUACCACCUGUGUAGUCUGGCUAGCCUUCAUACCCAUUUUCUUUGGGACAGCACAGUCCGCAGAAAAGUUGUACGUCCAGACCACCACCCUCUGUAUAUCUAUGAACCUCAGUGCUUCGGUGGCCUUGGGGAUGCUCUACAUGCCUAAAGUCUACGUCAUCAUCUUCCACCCGGAGCUUAAUGUCCAGAAGAGGAAGAGGAGCUUCAAAGCGGUGGUGACGGCCGCGUCCCUGACCACACGCCUCUCACACAAGACCUGUGACAGGCCCAACGGAGAGGCCAAGACGGAACUGUGUGAAAACAAUGAUCCAAACAGUCCGGCAGCAAAGAAGAAAUAUGUGAGCUACAAUAACAUUGUGAUCUAAGAGCCGUCAUCAGAGAGAAGGACAUGGUGGAUGGAGAUGCUUGGUCUCCUGCCCUUCCUGCCCCUUUUGGCAACAUAAAGGAAAUCCAAACGAUGUUUAUGUCCAUACUGCUUUCCUGCCCACUCACACCCCGGAACCCUCAGAACCCCCCAGAACUCCAGAACAAGACAGGGACAUUGACUGGGUUCUGGGGUUCUACAGCUUCCCUUUUAACCAGAGGAUUCUGAUUGGCCAACUGACGUUUUAUCAUGGCUACGAUGAGAAUGGAAAAGACCAAAAAGAGACGGGGACUAGGGCGGAAAACUUCAAGAAAAAGUUUAAAGAAAAUCAAGAUGGACGGUUCUGAUGGGAGUAAAAAAAAAUAAUAGAGAAAAUAAUUUGUUUUUGCGAAAUGAUUACAGAGGAGAGAAAAAAAAGAAGCAGAGAAUUAUACUGCUGUAUGGGACAAUGCACAGUCCCUGCCUGCUGGUUUCUACAAACACCCCUUUGUUCCUCCUCGGGAUUAGUGUUGGUCUCUGCAGACCCCUCCAGAGCUGGCCCCCCGCUGCCCCCCCCGCAGGUACACUGGCUGCUGCAGGAGGACUCACCUGUACCGGAGGACUCACCUGUACCGGAGGACUCACCUGUACCGGAGGACUCACCUGUACUGGAGGACUCACCUGUACUGCAGGACUCACCUGUACUGGAGGACUCACCUGUCCUGGAGGACUCACCUGUACUGCAGGACUCACCUGUACUGGAGGACUCACCUGUACUUGUACCUGUCUGCACCUGCCAUGGGGCUGUUUCUUGUCUUUUAAUGUCCUUCCAAAUUGCAAGUUUUCCAAAAUUCCUGUCGAAAAAAAGUUUGUGCUUCUAUUGACCUAUCUGUUACAUUUGAUUUUUUUUUUAAAGAUCUCUAAUUCUUCUUGUCUAUUUUUUUCUUCUUUGCUUCUUGGAUGCACAUUCAAUUAAAGCCAUAUUCUUGUCUCUGA